AUGCAGGCCGAUCGAAAAAACAAACCCACGUGUUUUGAUUGGAUUCAAUUACUUCUUACAUUUUGUGUUCCAGUUGCUAUCGUUGUCUAUACAAUCUUAGAAAAUAAUCGAGAUUUAGCGAUUUCUACUCAACAUCGUAAUCAGGAUCUUUCUAUUGCAGAUGGCCAACAACAAGAUACAGUUCUUCGAGAAUAUAAAAAAACUCUAAGUCGUCUAGUGGAAAAACAUGGUCUAUUUUUCAAUUAUUCUUCAUCAGCCUCCUUAAUUGCUCGUUCUUCUACAACUGUCGCACUAAAUCAAAUCGAUCCUGCGCGUCGAAAAUUUCUUCUAUCGUUAUUAUACGAUGCCAAAUUGAUAACAUAUGAUUUACCUACUGAUCCAUCCGUAAUAUCAUUGGAUUAUGCAAACUUCACUGAUAUAUGUUUAUUUAUCAAAUUUAUCAAUCCAGUGUAUAUUCAUCUGAACGUCGAAGGUGCAAUCAUGAUACGAGCGGAUUUUCGAAAUGUUACUUUACAUGGAGCAAAAUUCAACAAAGCUAUUCUUCAUUAUGCUGAUUUUUCUUUCUCUAAUAAUGUGAAGUUUUAUGAUGUAUUGGGCUUCGAUGGUUCAAAUGAUAUUACAUUGUUUUUUCGAAACAGCGAUAUAACAUCUGCAAAAUUCCUCCAUGUCAAAUAUGAACGUGUGUCAUUCGAACAUGCACUGUUGAGAAAUGCCGACAUGAAAUCAUUCGCGUGCGUUUCAUGUAAUUUUAGUUUUUCUUUCAUGGGACGAACGAAUUUGAUCAAUGCAGUUAUUGAAGAUUCACUCAUGGACUUCGUUGAUUUAUCUGAUAGUAACCUCUAUCGGUCGAGAUUUGGUGAGAAUAUUGAUUUUCAUAGUACCAUACUGUUUCGUGUCAAUGGAACAUACACGUCUUUCACACACUGUCAAUUUACAUUAACUGCAUUUGGUUCAGCAAUAUUUGACUAUACUAAAAUGGAAGACAGUACUUUUUUCAACGCAAAUUUUAUUGAAGCAUCGAUUCAAUAUGGUGUGUUUACACGAGCGAACUUUACGCAAGCGAAUUUAUUCGCAUCUGAUUGGAGAAAUGUUCGGUGUGAGAAAUGUAUAUUUUAUCGAGCAAAUUUUACUGAUGCAAAUCUAUUAAAUGCCAUAUUUAUUGAUAGCGACUUUCAAGAUGUUUUUAUCACGAAAGAACAAUUAAGGCAAACAGCAUCUUUGAAAGGUUCGAUACUUCCAAAUGGAACUCUUGUCAAUUGA